GUUUCGGUCAUUGUUCAAGAGAAUGCCCUUAAAAUGAAGCUUUUAAUUCUCUUUGCCCUCAGUGUUGCCCUCGUGUCCUCGUCGCCAUUUGAAAGAAAUGAAUUUACAUCGGGAAAACGUCUUAUUAAAACGAGUCAAGAGGGAGCCGGUCAGUGGAUGGACGAGGACGAAAUUUGGGGCCUGAUUGCAAAACAUGCAAACUUUAUCGAUAUCACGGAUCACAACUUUCCCGAUGUCAAGGAAGGAGAUGUCAACGUUAAAGCUAUCCCAACCGGAAUUAGAUUCCCAUCGGUCGUCAAUGCACUCCUUGAGAGGACAAGCAUCCCCAGAAUGCUAGACUUUGUCCAGACCUUUAGUAAUUUCUUUAAUCGAUACCAUCAAUCGCAGACAGGUAUAGAUUCUCAGAAGUGGCUGCUCAGUCAAGUCCAACAGACUGCUGUAGAUUACGUCGGAGAAAUCACUGUUUCCGAAGUUGCCCAUUCAUUCUCGCCACAAAGUAGCGUCAUCGCCAGAAUUGUUGGUUCUGAUCCCACUCUCCGAAGUGAAAUAGUCAUUAUUGGAGCUCAUCUUGACUCCAUCAAUAUGGCUGGUUCAACGCGCACUGCUCCAGGUGCCGAUGAUAACGCAAGUGGUUCUGUGGUCGUACUGGAAACCCUUCGCGUUCUUAUUGAGGGUGGAUACAUUCCAAAGAGGACGAUUGAGUUCCAUUGGUAUGCUGCGGAAGAGGUUGGACUCCGCGGGUCUGCAGAUAUUGCCUCGACUUACAACACCAACAGGGUCAACGUCGUGGGAAUGGUGAACUUUGACAUUCCUGGUUAUUAUACACAAGGAAGGGAUGAGAUUGCAAUUUAUACUGAUUACGUGAGCGCGGAAGUGAAUACAUUCCUCCGACUUUUAAUCGACAACUAUUGCACUUUUACCUGGAGGAACAGAGUCUGUGGGUAUGGAUGUUCGGAUCACGCUAGUUGGACAAAUUAUGGAUUUCCAUCCAGUUUUCCUGCUGAGCUGGUCGACAAUCCGCAAAUGCAUAGAGUUGGUGACACAAUUGACUUGGUUAGUUGGACCCAGGUUAAUGAAUUUGUCAAAUUAUCGCUGGGAUUCGCAGUGGAACUUUCGGAACCUGGAACCUUGUAAAUAUUGGUUGGUGUCUGUUGAAAAUUUGAAACUUUUGCAUAAUGCAAUGGCUGAAUAAAAAUGUCAGAACUUUCUCAAAA